CUACAGUUCGUCGCGCUUAGCUUCAUCCUGGCUAUUCAGUCCUGACCGCGUUUGUUUUGGUCUUUGUUUCCAUUCUCUCUACUACCUGUCACUCGCUUCGCAGUGUGCUCUUCUUUCUUUCCCAUAGAAUGAUUUCCUCGUCGACGGACCACUCUGCUGCUGCUGCUACUCACAUCUGCCUAUGUUGACGCCUCACUUGCGGUCGCUUGCCUCCGAGCUUGGAGUGGCCACUUGCCAAGGCGACAUUCAAUGGCCCGUUGUCGCGGGCUGGGUUGGUUUGAUCUGGUAUACGACCGUGACACUGGUCUGCUCGCUGGGGACGUUCCAAAUAUGGAAGCACUGCCUGCAGAAACCCCGUAGAUCGACCUCCUCAUCCGCCACUACCCCCGAUGCUGCCCCUCACAUCACGGCCAUCCGACCGGUCAAGGGCCUCGAGCCUCAUCUCUACGAAUGUCUGGCCUCGACCUUCCGGCAGGACUACCCCCGCGACAAGUUGACCGUCUAUUUCUGUAUCUCCACGAAGAACGACCCGGCCUAUCCCACCCUCCAGAAACUGGUGGCGGAUUUCCCGCACGCCGACGCGCGCGUCUACGUCGAGGACGACGACCCGCUGCUCCAGCCCGGCCAUGUGCCCGCGUACGAACUGGGCCCCAACCCGAAGAUCCGGAAUAUGAGCCGUGCCUACCGGGAGGCGAAGGGUGAUAUCGUUUGGAUCAUCGAUUGCAAUGUCUGGGUCGGCAGGGGCGUGUGCGGCCGCAUGGUCGACCGGUUGUGCGGCACGGGCGCCACGCCAGGCAAGCGGUAUAAGUUUGUCCAUCACCUGCCCGUGGCGGUGGAUAUGACGGGGUCGGAUGCGAGUCGGGAUGCCGAGCGAGAGGCGUUGCUGGAGUCCUACACGAACGGGGAGGGUGCAAGAAGCUGGGACCGCGAUGACGACAACACUGCCGUGGCGGCCGCCGCCGCGACAACCGUGCUGGAGAAGCACGGCGCCGGGUCACUGGCGACCGGGGGCGGCCGCUUGGAGGAACUAUUCCUGUCGUCGUCGCAUGCGAAGAUGUACACGGCCAUCAACACCGUGCUUAUCGCUCCCUGUAUCGUGGGCAAGUCCAAUAUGUUUCGCCGGUCGCAUCUGGAUUAUCUGACUGCGCCGUCUGCCGCGGACCCGCCGCACCUACGCCGGAAUCCGGGGAUCGACUACUUCUCCGAAAAUAUCUGCGAGGAUCAUCUGAUCGGGGAUCUGCUGUGGAAGAGCCAGGUGCGCGAGGAGAAAGAAUGCGGGGAGCGGUGGGGCAAGCAUGCGAUGGUGUUUGGGGACCUGGCCUUCCAGCCGGUCGCCAACAUGAGCGUGCAGUCGUAUGUGGCGCGGCGGGUGCGGUGGUUGCGCGUCCGCAAGUUCACCGUGCUGCUGGCGACGCUGGUCGAGCCCGGGACGGAGUCCAUCGUCUGCUCGUUCUACGGGGCAUGGGGGGUCACGACGGCGCUGGCCCAGUUUCUGGGGCACAAGGGACACGGGUCUGUGGAGAUGAUGCUGGCCACCUGGCCCGCGUUCUGGGCCUUCUUUGGUCUGAGCAUGACCGGCUGGAUCCUUACGGACUGGCUGGUCUACAUCAUGCUGCACUCGGGCAAGACCGUCGAGCUCGAUGACGAUACCCCGUCGUUCGCGCGGCCGCCAUCCCGAGGCGUCACUCGUCGUCCUUUCCUGCAUUGGCUGGCCGCCUGGCUGGGUCGGGAGCUGCUGGCUCUGCCGAUCUGGAUCUGGGCCUUUUAUGGAGGCGUCACGGUGACCUGGCGAGAUCGGCGCUUCAGGGUCGGCCUUGACAUGAAGGUGCGCGAGAUCGUGGCCGGUGGGAGCACCACGGGCUCGAGACUGGGGCUGUCAUUGACGCAGUCCAGCUCAUUGGGCUCGCCUCAGGAUCGAAACAAGACGCGACGGGAUUGACGGCCAAAUCAAUGAGAUUGCGGAGGUGAUAUGAGCAAGUACUGAUCGUCUCACUUUCUUCUAUCUAUGUACAACCUACCAUGAUGACACCAAAAUACCCUCAGUGGGAAACUAGACGAAAAACGAAUACACAUGCCUGAGAUUUCAACUUAGACAGCGUCGCCAGUUGAAAAAUUCCUAGUUACUGAUUCCAAAGUUCUUAUGUCAUG